AUGAGCUCUGCUAAGAGGAGGAAAACGUACGCUUUUCACGAGGAGUGGGAAACGGACUUUUUAUUCACAAAUGUCAACGAUAAAUGCGUUUGUCUGAUCUGUGGGUUCAGUGUGGCUGUUGGUAAACGAUGCAACGUUCAGCGCCAUUUCGUCUCAGUCCACGGUAACUUUUCACACGAGUUUCCCACGGGGAGCAACCUACGAAAAGAAAAGUGUGACGAGUCGGUGGACGCGAGUGACACCGCGCAGCUGGCUCUUUUCGUGCGUAUGGUGUUUGAGGACUUCUCCACCAAAGAGGAGUUUUUGACCUUGCUUCCACUAAAAACCUCCACCAGGGGAAUAGACAUCUACAACGUCGUAAAAGGAUAUGUGGUGGAUAAAAAGUUCCCUAUUAGAAAGCUGGUGUCCAUAACGAGUGAUGGAGCCCCUGCUAUGACUGGCCGCCACAACGGAUUUAUUGCGCAUUGCAAAGCGGACCCGGACUUUCCCAAGUUUUUGAACUACCACUAUAAUCAACUCCAUUCGACCAAAGGCAAAGCAACAUCGGAGCUUCAAAUUGUUCCUGGAGGAAUGCGCCGCGGAUCACGGGGAUCUUCUCCUUCAUACGGACAUCAGGUGGUUAAGUCGCGUUCCAAAACGCAGCAGCUGUGGUUCUGGUUCUGA